GUGGCUCCCCGCCCACCGCUGCUCUCUGCUGCCUGCCUGGCUGCCUGGCUGCUGGGCGGACUGGGGCAGAUCUGAGCCGACCAGUUCCGUGUUCUCUCCUCACCCAGUAAGCGGACCAGACUAACAGGAGGACCUGUCAUGGUGGACAUUGCUGCCCAUCCGCGGCAUCCAUAACUCCGGGGGCAGAGGGGAAGUGUGGACGGAGGGUUUGAAGUGAAAAGGUCAUCAGAUAAUCUCACGUCACCGCGUGCCACUGGACGGAGGAAGACAUCGACAGAAGCAGCACAAUGAUAGACGAACAGACGGGGACGAGGCCGACUACGCAGAAGUCUUUGGCCUCACUGUCGUCAGCCGACCUUUGACCCCUCAUGGAUUAAAAAUGGCCCUUGGUCUGAGACGGGGAGGGAAGCGAGGCAUCUUACUCACCAGGAAUUCUGGGAAUUUAACAAACGUAUUUGUUUGAAGACUGACGCCUUUUUGUAUUUCAAUGGGACUAACAUGGUUCUGUGAAGAUGGAAUAAGAUCUGAGUGGGAGAUGUUUCCAAAGAAAAACUGAUUACAAAAUAGAAUUUUAGUCAAGGAUGGAGCAGGAUUUCACACAGCAGGAUCUCUUGUCUCUCUCGUAAAUUGUGAAUAGUGAACACUUGUAUGCACUAGCCUGGACUAAGAUUAGCCAGCGUUGGUGAAGAUUCAAGCCCUUUACACCCAAUAUUAUCCUGUAGCUGUAAUCUUUUCCAUUCCUUAUUGUUGUGAAUGGAUGUUUUUCUUUUAUAAAGCUAGAAAGUGACUUUCCCCUUCAGCUUUUAACUGUAACUCUGACUCCUGCUCAGUAUCUUGCUGUAGCGUUGCUACAAGAACUCCAAACAUGGCUGCUGCAGGAAGGAAGCCCUUGGUGAAAGACUUUAAUCAUUUCAUCACCUGUUACCUGUGUCGAGGUUACCUGAUUAAACCGACCACGGUCACCGAGUGCCUGCACACCUUCUGUAAGAGCUGCAUUGUGCAGCACUUUGAGGAUAGUAAUGACUGUCCUAGAUGUGGCAUCCAGGUGCAUGAGACCAACCCACUGGAGAUGCUCAGGUUGGACAACACCCUAGAGGAGAUCAUUUUCAAGCUGGUGCCUGGACUCAGAGAAAAAGAGGAACAGCAGGAACUGGACUUCUGGAAGAAGAACCAGCCCAGAGAAAACGGCCAAGCAGAAAACGCGCGGCGUCAGAGGAUCGGGCUGCCCGAUGUCAGAGGCGAUUAUGAUGAUGGUGGCGGUGAUGGUGAUGACGGCGGCGAUGAAGAUUGCCACAGGAGUGACCCUCAGAUAGCCAUCUGUCUGGACUGCCUGCGCAACACGGGACAGUCGGGGGAGACCAGUGUCACGGAUUUGAUGAAGAGGUUCAUCCGCUGCUCCAGUCGAGUCACAGUGGGAACAAUUAAGAAGUUUCUCAGUCUUAAACUAAAGCUGCCAAGUUCUUAUGAGCUGGACGUGUUGUGUAACGGAGAGAUCAUGGGCCGAGAUCACACGCUGGAGUUCAUCUACAUGACCCGGUGGAGGCUACAUGGAGAGAACACGUAUCCCAUGGUUCUUGAGUACCGGCCACGAAUCGACUUUGGCUGAACCACGGCUGCAAGAAGAGGACCACACACACACACAGACACACACACACAGACACACACACACACAGACACACACACACACACAGACACACACAGACACACACACACACAGACACACACACAGACACACACA